UGAUGUCCGUGAAGGAGAUGGCAAAGGGCAUCACGUACGACGACCCCAUUAAAACCAGCUGGCGGGCACCGCGCCACAUCUUGGGCAUGUCGGAGGCGCGGCACGAGCGCGUGCGCAAGAAGUUUCACAUCCUGGUGGAGGGUGAGGGCAUCCCACCGCCCAUCAAGAGCUUCAAGGAGAUGAAGUUCCCUGCAGCCAUCCUGCGGGGCCUGAAGAAGAAGGGGAUCCAGCAGCCGACACCCAUCCAGAUCCAGGGCAUCCCCACCAUCCUCUCUGGCAGGGACAUGAUUGGCAUUGCGUUCACCGGUUCCGGGAAGACUCUGGUGUUCACCCUCCCGGUUAUUAUGUUCUGCCUGGAGCAGGAGAAGAGGUUGCCGUUCUCCAAGAGGGAAGGGCCCUAUGGGCUCAUCAUCUGCCCCUCGCGGGAGCUGGCCCGGCAGACCCAUGGCAUCCUGGAGUACUACUGCCGCCUGCUGCAGGAGGAUGGGCUGCCCCCACUGCGCUGCGCUCUCUGCAUUGGGGGCAUGUCCGUCAAGGAACAGAUGGAGACCAUCAAGCAUGGCGUGCACAUGAUGGUGGCCACGCCCGGGCGCCUCAUGGAUCUGCUGCAGAAGAAGAUGGUGAGCCUGGACAUCUGCCGCUACCUGGCGCUGGAUGAGGCUGACCGCAUGAUCGACAUGGGCUUUGAGGGAGAUAUCCGCACCAUCUUCUCCUACUUCAAGGGCCAGCGGCAGACCCUCCUCUUCAGCGCCACCAUGCCCAAGAAGAUCCAGAAUUUUGCCAAGAGUGCCCUGGUGAAGCCCAUCACCAUCAACGUGGGGCGAGCGGGAGCAGCCAGCCUGGAUGUCGUGCAGGAGGUAGAGUACGUGAAGGAGGAGGCCAAGAUGGUGUACCUGCUUGAGUGCCUGCAGAAAACUCCACCGCCCGUGUUGAUCUUUGCGGAGAAGAAGGCAGACGUCGACGCGAUCCAUGAGUACCUGCUGCUCAAGGGUGUGGAGGCCGUAGCCAUACAUGGAGGGAAAGACCAAGAAGAGCGGACAAAAGCCAUCGAGGCCUUCCGGGACGGGAAGAAGGAUGUCCUGGUUGCCACGGACGUGGCCUCCAAGGGCCUGGACUUCCCGGCUAUCCAGCACGUCAUCAACUAUGACAUGCCAGAGGAGAUCGAGAACUAUGGUGGUGCACCGCAUUGGGCGUACGGGCCGCUCGGGGAACACGGGCAUCGCCACCACCUUCAUCAACAAAGCCUGCGACGAGUCGGUGCUCAUGGACCUGAAGGCGCUGCUGCUGGAGGCCAAGCAGAAGGUACCACCUGUGCUCCAGGUGCUGCACUGCGGGGACGAGACCAUGCUGGACAUCGGAGGGGAGAGGGGCUGUGCCUUCUGCGGGGGACUGGGCCAUCGCAUCACAGACUGCCCCAAGCUGGAAGCCAUGCAGACCAAGCAAGUCAGCAACAUCGGCCGCAAAGACUACCUGGCCCACAGCUCCAUGGACUUCUAGGGCUGCCCGCCGGGCACCAGCCCCUGCCCAGAUGCUGUGAAGGGUGGGGGAAGGGGAAGGUGGCUGCUCCCUGGGCAAGUGCCAGUCGCACCAGGAAGGCCAUGUUAGCGCCAGGCGGCUGGUCCCUGCAUCUCAGGCAGCCACGCCACGGCCUGCUCCAGGCCCCUGGUGCAUGCUGCCCAUUCCCUGCUGCUCCAGAGCCGGGCUGCAGUUCUGGUGCUGGGAGGAAGUGCUGUGCCAUGCAGCAACAGCCUCUUACAUCAGCCCUACUGUUGACACGCUGGGAUUGAGCAAGUGGGAGCCUCCGGGCCAGAUGCACAGCACCGGCCCAGGGGGAUUUGGGUGGGGGGAGCUGGAGGGCAGUAGGGACAGUCUGCUAGCCCAGGCCGGCCCGGCCCGGCCAAGCCCCUUGGCUCCACCUGGCAGGGCCUGGCACAGAGAUUCUGCCAGGAUGCCCUUGGCCCUGCCAGGACUGUUCCCCAGUCUAGGGGAUGCUCAGCAUCUUCCUGGGGCUGCUGGGCUGGGCAGGAAGGGGCAGUCCUAGUCCUCAGCACCACCCCCUUUGCCUCAAGCAGGGGCUGUGAGAGCCUGCCUAGGGCAGACUCGCAGCCCCGCCUGCCCGUUCUGCCCCACUGCUCUGCUCUGGCGGGGGCAGGGCCAGCUCCACGGCUCACACGCCAGAAAGGGGAAGUGGAUGCAGAGGGGAAGUCUGCCCCCGCACUCCUGCGACAGCAGCCCCAGCUCCUGUGGCCAACGGCUCCACAACCCAG